ACUUUGGGCGUAUCGUUCUUUUUCCACGGUUCAUCAUGCCUGCUGCCAUUCGUACCGUUUCUGCUGCUGCUGCUGCGGGUCUUGGCUUGUCCGGUGCGAGUUAUUUCUAUUACCGAAAACAAGCUCAACCUGAAAGCAAGGAGAAGGAGAUUCAGGAAUUGGAAUAUAGAGAUUCCCGUCCAUUUACUUUGCUCGAUCCCACUGAAAUCGAUACUCGUCUGCGGUCCGGUCAAAUAGCCACUACUGUCCAGCAGAAAUACAUUAAAGCUAUUUAUACCAAUCGUCUUCCAUCAAACAAUCCCACGGAAGACAACUACAGCGUGAAUACCUUGGCAGGGAAACUGUUUGCUGGUGUCUACGAUGGUCACAUUGGUCCUGAUUGCUCCCGACUCAUUAGAAAACAGCUCCCCAUCUAUGUGGGUCGCGAGUUAAAGAAAGAAAUCCCCAAAACAACCAACCAAGUCCAGGAAGCCAUUACCACGGCUUUUGUAGACCUUGAUCAGGAUAUUCAGCAGCGAUUUUACGAUUUAUUCCCCAAGAACCUCAGCCGAGUCACAGAAAAGGACGUUCAGAACGCCACCCGCCAGCAUGCUCACCCAGAAGUAGCGGAAAUGCAUAUCAAGGAAGCCAUCACAGGAUCAUGUGCAUGCAGCGUUUAUAUUGACGGCGAUAAUGUAUAUGCUGCAAACACCGGUGAUUCUAGAGUUGUCGUUGUUCGUCAAGAGGAAAAUGGAACUUGGACCGGUCGUCGAUUAGUAGAGGAACAAUCGCCUGCUCAUCCAGCUUGGAGAGUCCAUAUGAUCUCGCAGCAUCCAUCGAAUGAAGCGAAUAAUAUUGUGCAACGAAAUCGCAUCUUUGGAUUAAUUGCCGUCGGCGGAUCUUUCGGAGACAUCAUGUACAAGGUGCCAAGAGAAUACCAGAUCAAGGUUCUCCCAUUUAUUCCUUACGAGAUCUACAGUACUUUUGCCCGUUACCAUCAUCGCAUCGUUGUCAACUAUCGUACCCCACCUUAUCUUCAAUCCAAGCCUUUAGUGUCUCAUUAUAAGCUUUCAAAGGGAGACCGAUAUAUCAUUCUUGGCACUGACGGAUUGUGGGACGAAUUGAGCUGGGACAAUGUUCGAAGCGAGAACGGAGAUCAAGUAGCCGCCAACCUCAUGAGCGCAUGGCCACAUAAGCACGAACGUAAUCCAGCAACCCACAUGAUCCGUGAGGCCUUACUCUAUGACGCUGUAUACAAGAACGUCGGUCAACGAGUUCCUGUAUCGAAUGAGACUCUCGAAAUGUCCAAGCGAUUAACAAGAACCCCGUCGCGCAGAUACCGUGACGAUAUUACUGUUACGGUGAUUGAACUGGACAUGGAAAAUGAGACGCCGGCACCGAAGGAUUUGUUAGAUGUCGGACCGGUGAUGCCUGUGGAAGAAGCCGAAGUCGAUCAAGCUAGACUGGCCAAACCGCCAAAGGCAUCUUGGUUAUCUGGAUGGAUUUGGUCGCGUCUGUAAUCAUUCUACUGCGAUCAAAUGAAUCCAAUUUCAAAUUGUCAUGUAAAUGAAACAUUCUAAACACUGAUGCCCCCGUGAUGUGGAAUUGUUAAUUGCCCAAUAAAUUCAUUAAAUGGUAACUGGACCUAUUGAAAGAACAAUGUCAAAACAACUUGGGGG